AUGGCAACCAUGCUGUUACCAACGGGUCCUGAUGGCUUGCGCCGGUUCACUCGCGAAUCCUUGGCUGCCAUCGAGCGACGGAUUGCCGAGGAGCAGGCCAGGAAUGCCAAGGAUCACCAGGAGGACAGUGGCAACGCGGAGCAUGCCAGGCCUCGUGUCGACCUGGAGGCGGGCAAAGGGCUGCCGCGCAUCUUUGGCGAUAUUCCCACAGGACUUGUUGGCGUUCCUCUGGAAGACAUCGAUCCUUACUACUUCAAAAACCAGAAAACGUUUAUAGCUCUAAAUAAGGGGAAGGCCAUCUUCCGAUUCAGUGCCACUUCAGCCCUCUAUAUCUUUAGCCCAUUUCAUCCUAUUAGGAGGAUCGCCAUAAGAAUCCUAGUGCAUUCAUUAUUCAGUUUUUUUAUAAUGUGUACAAUACUGACCAACUGCUGCUUCAUGGCUAUGUCAGACCCUGCACAGUGGACUAAGUACCUUGAGUACACUUUCACUGGUAUUUAUACAUUUGAGUCAUUGAUAAAGAUACUGGCCAGAGGAUUCUGUGUGGGACCCUUCACUUUCCUCAGAGAUCCAUGGAACUGGCUGGACUUCAGUGUGAUUGUUAUGGCAUAUGUAACAGAGUUUGUGGAUCUUGGCAACGUCUCAGCAUUACGAACAUUUAGAGUUCUUCGAGCACUUAAAACAAUAUCUGUGAUCCCAGGUCUGAAAACCAUAGUUGGCGCUCUGAUCCAGUCGGUGAGGAAGCUGGCAGACGUGAUGAUUCUGACGGUGUUCUGCCUCAGCGUCUUUGCUCUCAUCGGCCUGCAACUCUUCAUGGGCAUCCUGCGACAGAAGUGCGUGAGGAGCACGGCACAUUGUGUCAACUCAUCCUACACUGGCAAUGGCACCUUCUUCUGCAACAACAGGACCUGGCUCUCGAUGAAAGACUUUAUCACUAACGAAGACAAUUACUACAAAAUUGAAGGAGCCAAGGAUGCCUUAAUAUGUGGAUAUAGCAGUGAUGCUGGAAAGUGCCCUGAUGGGUUUGAUUGUUUGAAAACGGGGAGGAACCCAAACUAUGGCUACACAAGUUUUGACAGCUUUGGCUGGGCCUUUCUGGCUCUCUUCAGGCUUAUGACUCAAGACUACUGGGAAAACCUCUAUCACCAGACUCUUCGCUCUGCUGGGAAGACCUAUAUGAUUUUCUUUGUGCUGGUGAUCUUCCUUGGCUCCUUCUACUUGGUGAACUUGAUCCUUGCUGUGGUGGCCAUGGCGUAUGAGGAGCAGAACCAGGCCACUAUUGCAGAGGCCUGGCAGAAAGAGAGAGAGUUUCAGCUAGCUAUGGAGCAGCUACGCAGAGAGCAGAGGGCUUUAGCACGAAAAAAUAGGGAGGCAGAGAUGGCUCGGUCCCUGGAGUUAACCCCCUCUCCUUUCACUCUGAAAGAUGUCAAAGAGCAGCGUACCCGGAUCCGCUCCCACCGCACCCUCUCAGAGGAAACCGAGGAUGACUCUGACCCCAAAUCACCAAAAUUUGACCCCUUCGAUGAGCCCACGCCAGCCCAUCCUCUCCUGGCUACGUUGUCCUCUCAUCCUUUGAGCACACGGCGAGGCAGUCAGGUCAGCAUCUUCACUUUCCGCGCCCGAAAUAACUCUGAGGCCGACUUCGCCGACGAUGAGGUCAGCGUCCAUGGCGAUGGACGGAGUCGUGCAGGCUCCACCCUGACACCGUGGCACAAACGUCGCACGGGCAGUGUGAGAAGCCAUUGCUCCCAUGUUUUCACUCCCAGCCUCAACAUCAACGGUCGACUCAACGUAUCUCUCGACCAGAACGGCAUUACCUGCAUCGCACCCCACACGCCUACCUCUCUGCCUGCUUGUAGCAUGGAGAAGGUGAAAGAAGACACAGAGCCUGUGUGUCAGGAGGAGACAAGUGCUGAGGCCCCCAAACAGACGGUGGAAAAGCAGGAGGCAGCUCAAGCCCAGCCUGUCCGAAGGAAAAGAGGACUGAGCUCCAUCAGUUUCUUUAGUGACGCCUUCGAUGAGCUGGAGGAGUCCCGUCAGAAGUGCCCGCCCUGCUGGUAUGAAUUUGCACAGAAGCACCUGAUUUGGACGUGCUGGCCAGGCUGGCUGAAGCUGAAGGAAGGGGUGAAGCUCAUCGUCAUGGAUCCAUUCCUGGACCUGGCUAUCACCAUCUGUAUCGUACUUAAUACCCUGUUUAUGGCUCUGGAACACUACCCCAUGACAGAAGAGUUCGACCGCAUGCUAAGCGUGGGGAACCUGGUUUUCACAGGGAUUUUUACGGCUGAAAUGGUCUUUAAACUAGUUGCACUGGACCCAUACUACUACUUCCAGCAGGGCUGGAACAUCUUUGACGGGAUUAUCGUUUGCCUCAGUCUGAUGGAGUUGGGCCUGUCCAAUGUGGAGGGGCUAUCUGUGCUCCGCUCGUUCAGACUGCUGAGAGUCUUCAAGCUAGCCAAAUCCUGGCCGACCCUGAACACUCUAAUCAAAAUCAUCGGUAAUUCGGUGGGUGCCCUGGGUAACCUGACCCUGGUCUUGGCCAUCAUUGUCUUCAUCUUUGCUGUGGUGGGCAUGCAGCUCUUCGGCAAGAACUACCAGGACUGCGUGUGUAAGAUCUCCAAGGAUUGCACACUGCCUCGCUGGCAUAUGAAAGACUUCUUCCACUCCUUCCUCAUUGUCUUCAGAGUCCUGUGCGGAGAAUGGAUCGAGACCAUGUGGGACUGUAUGGAAGUGGCAGGACAACCUCUCUGCAUUCUGGUCUUCAUGCUGGUGAUGGUCAUAGGCAACCUGGUGGUGCUGAAUCUGUUCCUGGCUCUGCUCUUGAGCUCCUUCAGCUCUGAUAACCUGUCAGCUCCGGAAGAAGACGGGGAGAUGAACAACCUACAGAUCGCCAUCGCACGUACCCACUCUGGCAUCUCAUGGCUUUUAAGAGCCGUCGUCGACCUCUGCACCGGAAACUUCAAGAAACGGAGGAAGAAGGCCAAAGAGGCUUACACUUCAAUGAAGGAGCACACUGGGCUUAACCAUGUGGAGAGCAAUGGCACUGUGGGAGGAGUUGGCCUCUAUGGAGAGAAAUGUAUUGUUCAUGAAGGAGAGGAUAGUUAUAUGACCAACCCUAACCUGACUAUAUGCGUUCCCAUAGCACCAGGGGAAUCGGAUGUAGAGUUCCCAGAAGAAGAGGAAGAGGAGGAUACAGAGACAUCUGAGGAUGAAGACAAUAAAGAGGAAUUGAUCAGCCUUUCAGAGGGGAGUACAGUGGACCUGAGGAAGACAGGAGAGGAAGAAUAUGAGUACUCGGAGACAGAUGAUGAUGCCAUGGAACCAGAAGAGUGCUUCCCAGAGUUCUGUGUGCGUCGCUGUAAAUGUUGUGAAAUCAACACCAAGCGUGGUCUGGGGCAGGCGUGGUGGAGGUUUAGGAAGACCUGCUACCAGAUUGUGGAGCACAGCUGGUUUGAAACCUUCAUCAUUUUCAUGAUCCUCCUCAGCAGUGGAGCCUUGGCAUUUGAAGACAUUUAUAUUGAGAAGAGAAAAGUGGUGAAAGUUGUGUUGGAAUAUGCAGACAAGGUUUUCUCCUACAUCUUUGUUCUGGAGAUGUUCCUCAAGUGGAUAGCAUACGGCUUUAAAAAAUACUUUACCAACUACUGGUGUUGGCUUGACUUCCUGAUUGUGGAUAUCUCAACACACUCCUUUAAUGAUAGGGUGUCCCUGAUUAGCCUGGUGGCAAACUCACUUGGCUACUCGGAUUUUGGGGCCAUUAAGUCCUUGAGGACAUUAAGGGCUUUGAGACCCCUCAGAGCUCUGUCCAGAUUUGAAGGCAUGAGGGUAGUGGUAAAUGCACUUAUCGGAGCAAUUCCCUCAAUCAUGAACGUACUGCUGGUUUGUCUCAUCUUCUGGCUCAUCUUCAGCAUCAUGGGUGUCAACCUUUUCGCUGGUAAAUUUGGUAAAUGUGUCAAUCGGACAGGCUACAUCCAUAAUGCUUCGCUGGUCAACAACAAGUCUGAAUGUCUAGCCAUGAACGACACACAGUUCUACUGGACCAAAGUAAAAGUCAACUUUGACAAUGUGGGCAUUGGCUAUCUUUCACUUCUGCAAGUGGCAACUUUUAAAGGUUGGAUGGAAAUCAUGUAUGCCGCUGUAGACUCUCGUGCAGUAGAUGAACAGCCCAUAAAGGAGAUAAACCUUUAUAUGUACCUGUACUUCGUCAUCUUCAUCAUUUUUGGAUCAUUCUUCACUCUCAAUCUGUUCAUUGGUGUGAUCAUUGACAACUUCAACCAACAAAAACGAAAGAUAAGUGGACAGGAUAUAUUCAUGACAGCGGAGCAGAAAAAAUAUUACAACGCUAUGAAAAAACUAGGAUCCAAGAAGCCUCAAAAGCCAAUUCCAAGGCCCACGAACAUUCUGCAAGGAUUCUUUUUCGACCUGGUGUCAAAGCAAGCGUUUGACAUUUCAAUCAUGAUGCUCAUCAUCCUCAACAUGAUUACGAUGAUGGUGGAGACGGACGAGCAGUCCGCUCGUAUGGAGUCAAUCCUCAACAACGUCAACCUGGCUUUCAUUGUGAUCUUUACCACUGAAUGCCUCAUCAAGAUUUUCGCCCUGCGCUGCUACUUCUUCACCAUCAGCUGGAACAUUUUUGACUUUGUGGUGGUCAUUCUCUCUAUAGUGGGGAUUGUACUGGCAGACAUUAUUGAGAAAUACUUUGUGUCUCCAACUCUGUUUCGAGUCAUCAGGCUUGCCAGGAUUGGUCGAGUUCUCAGACUUAUACGAGCAGCCAAAGGAAUAAGGACAUUACUGUUUGCCUUAAUGAUGUCUCUGCCUGCAUUAUUUAACAUUGGUCUCUUGCUCUUCCUUGUCAUGUUCAUUUAUGCUAUUUUUGGCAUGGCUAACUUCGCCUAUGUGAAGAAGCAAGGUGGGAUCGAUGACAUGUUCAACUUCGAAACUUUUGGGAACAGCAUCAUUUGUCUCUUCCAGAUUACCACAUCUGCUGGUUGGGAUAAUUUACUCGAUCCAAUCUUGAAUAAUUCACCAGAAGAAUGCAACCCCACAAUUACCAACACAGGCACCAACACAAAAGGAAACUGUGGUAACCCCUCUGUGGGCAUUACCUUUUUUGUCAGCUACAUCAUCAUCUCCUUCCUCAUUGUGGUCAACAUGUACAUUGCCAUUAUCUUGGAGAACUUCAGUGUAGCCACAGAGGAGAGCACCGAACCGCUGAGUGAGGAUGAUUUUGAGAUGUUCUACGAAGUGUGGGAGAAAUUUGAUGUAGAAGCUUCACACUUCAUCGAGUAUUCCAAACUGUCUGCCUUCGCCGACUCUUUGUCAGAACCACUGCGCAUAGCCAAACCCAACAAAAUUAAGCUCAUCUCCAUGGACCUGCCCAUGGUCAGUGGUGACAAAAUCCACUGCCUGGACAUCCUAUUUGCUUUCACCAAACGUGUCCUGGGAGAGUCAGGUGAGAUGGAUGCUCUCAAGCAGCAGAUGGAAGAGAAGUUCAUGAUGGCCAAUCCCUCCAAGAUCUCUUAUGAGCCCAUUACUACUACACUACGCCGCAAACAGGAGGAGAUGUCUGCUGUCAUCAUUCAGAGAGCCUACAGAAAGCACUUAGUCAGGAGGCAAGUCAAACAGGCUUCCUACCUAUACCGUCAGAUAAAGCAGGAAACGUCAAUGGAUGUGGAGGAAGCUCCAGAGACAGAAGGGCUCAUUGCCUGUAUGAUAAAGGAGAAUUACUGCCCUGAAAAACAGGUGACGGUGGAGUCCCUGUACUCUGCCUCCUCUCCACCUUCCUAUGAGAGUGUUACCAGGGCAACCAGCGACUUCCUCCAGGUACUUAUACCUGGCCACAGGGACACCGAGCAUUGUGAACCUUGUAGUUCUACAGAUGCCCAUGAUGAAAUAUUUCGCUAG